AAUGCGGCCCAAAGACUUGGAGCUGAAAUUGGAACACAAAAAAAGUAUGCUGCCGGUUCCAACCGUCAGCACCCCUCCGCUGUGAGUGCGGCAAAACUUGAAGAGGAAAACGAAGAUUUUCAUAUCGAAACAGUUCAUCGGGACGUCGGCCAACUGAUUGCGAUGGCGAGACAAAAUUGCAAUCUCACACAGAAGGAUUUGGCCACCAAAAUAAAUGAAAAACCUCAAGUUAUCGCCGAAUACGAGCAGGGGAAAGCGAUACCCAACCAAGCAAUAUUAGGAAAGCUGGAAAGAGCCUUGGGCAUAAAACUGAGAGGUAAAGACAAAGGAGCUCCCUUCACAAAGGGUUCGAAAAAAUGA